ACAGAGUGGUUGGAAGGGGCGAUGGCGGGAGAAAGAUAAGGGAAGCAGGCAUGGCGAGUGUGCAUAUCCUUGGUCACAUCUAUGGCGCGAGAGGAGUUGGGUCGAUUUGGACCAAUUAUCUGCUGAGAGCGGGUGGAGGACAGGCUCUGUGGUGCCGAUGGGAGAUCGUGGUUGAGGACAACCUUCGAUGGACCAAAGAGCAUGGAACGAUCUAUGAAGAUGGAGAGAUGUUGAGAGACCAACAUGGAAACGCGGCUCUGAGCGAAGUCGGACAAACACAAUGCUGUGAGUGCUCCCCUGGGGGACUGGCUGUCUGGUCCCAUCCUGUCGACGUGAAGUACCGAACGACAUCUCUGACGGGAUGGCCAUCGAUGCUCUUCGAGGUAUGGUCACAGGACGGCGGAGGAAGGAACGAGAUAGUGGGAUAUGCUGUAUGCCACAUACCUGCAGCUCCUGGAUUCCACGAGAUAGAGGUUCCUAUCUGGAGACCCUUGGCGAGUCAAGGAGAGCGGGGCUGGUGGAGGCGGAUGAGCAAAUCGUUGAGCGGGUGGUUCCUGGGGAUCUGGCCACGUCUCAACGACGAUGGUUCCUCUGCGACGCGUACCUUCACGACGGCAGCGAAGAAUGUACUGUACAAUCCUAUCAACUUCACAAAGGAGCGGUCGGCAAUCGAAACCGUAGGGACAGGCAGCCUGAUGGUCAAGCUUUCUGUCAUCACCAGAGGGUUCGACAAGUACGGUCCUGGGACCAACCUCGCUGUGGAGGAAGCUUGGAGAAAGCAGCAGGGAGAGUUGUAGAACGGCGUGGAACAGUAUCGGAGCCGCAAGUUUCAAGUUUCGAAAGUUCACUGAGCCUCACGUCGCGUCACGGCGUGAUGGUGACUCCGAGGGAGCUGAUCGGACCACGGAGUCGGAUUUCUGAGUCGGGCAGCCUGAGGAUCCUCAGGCUAAGUCCGUGGUUCAAGUAUUAAAAAUGUUUCUUAUG